AUGCUGGUCGGUUUGGGAGCAUGCAUUGUAGCUUCAUUCUGUCUCGGAACCAUAUUCGUGCCGGUCAAAAUGUGCGCGCCUAGUGACGGAUUCAUGGUGCAGUUCUUGAUGGCAGUUGGCGGAUUCCUGGUUAGUUUUGCCGUCAACGCCAUCCUCCAAUUUCCACCAAUUGCGCCAUUGGCGAUGAUUGGCGGCGCUUUAUGGUGCACUGCAAACGCGUUCGCCCUUAUGAUAAUGAAUCGCCUUGGAAUGGCCCUUGGCAUCCUUAUAUGGAGUUCAGUGUCGUGUCUGACAGGCUGGGCAACUUCGAGAUACGGGCUCUUUGGGAUCCCGCAAGUUGUUCCAAAUUCCUCGCUUCUUAAUUAUGCGGGAGUAAUUAUAUUAAUUAUUGGAAGCUUGUUUUAUUUAUUCAUCAAAAGCACAAUUCAUCGGCAUCCGAGUGAAAUCAAAAUGGAAUCAAAAACUAAAUCGGAGUUGGAAGUUGGGACCAUCGAAGAGCCGAUGGAACUUGGUCAUCAUCAUAUAUCACUUCCGGUUCGCUUAAUUUCGGUGGCUGGCGCGAUUUUCAGCGGAUUAUUCUACGGUUCAAUGUGCACCCCGGUCACAUAUUUACAGAAUCAUACCGAUGAGUUUCCGCUCGCCUCAAAAAUGGGAUUGCCUUAUCUUUUCUCGUUUUUCUGCGGAAUUCUGCCAACUGCAACAGCGAUUUUAGUGAUCUACUCGCUAAUAAAGAAGAACUCGCCCUCGAUACCACCAACUCUUGUCCUUCCUGCUUUGAUGGCUGGUGUGCUAUUCGCUUUUGGAAUAGCGGGCUUUUUCAUCGGCAAUGAGAGAUUGUCGCAGACAAUCGCUUAUCCGAUUUGCUCGUUUCUUCCUGGCGUCAUUGUCAGCCUGUGGAGUGUAUUUUAUUUCAAAGAGAUUACGGGAAAACGAAAUUUGUAUCUUCUUCUCACCGCCUACGGUUGCACGCUUCUUGGCGUAUUAUUGGUCACAAUUUCAAAGGAUAUUUGA